AUGAAGUUCGGAAAACAGUUAAUAUUGCGUGCAGCAGAUCCAAAAUGGUCCCAAUAUUACUUAGAUUAUAAGAUGUUUAAAAAAUUUAUAAGGAUUUCAUAUGAGGAACUUAAGAACAAUAAUUAUGAUACAAAGAUCUCAAGAAAUAUUCAUCAAGAAUUCUAUAAGCGUUUGACACAAGAACUUGAAAAAAUAGAUAAUAGAUACAAUGUUAUUGAAAAAAAAGCAUCAGAAUCACUUAAGAUUCUUGAUGAAUCGUGGAAAGAUGAAAUGUCAGAUGGAGAGUUAAAUGAAUGGAGGAAAUCACUUUUGCAGGUAAUUACGGCACUUGAGGAAUUGCAAGAAUAUGUUCAGAUCAAUAUGGCAGCGAUCCAAAAGAUAAAGAAAAAAUUUGAUAAAAAUUUUAAAUUUCUUUCAAAUAAUUUACCAGCAAAAGCGUCUGCAAAUGUAUUAAAGGCCAUCAAUGCAUCAUGUGAGUUAUUGAAUGUUUCUUAUUCACCAAUUACGCCUAAAUCUGAAAAAUAUGUUACUUCUAAUUUUCAUUUUGAAGCUUAUAAUUACAAGCAUGAUAUUGGGUCUAAUGAUGAAGAAAUACAGAAUCUUAUGUCUAAAUUUAAAUUUAUGUCGGUUGAUAUGAAUGAAUAUUUGCUUAACAAAGCUCGAGAGUUAUGGAGAAAACGCACUCCUCCUCCACAAGUACCUGAAGAAAGCCCAAAUAUUAAAUUAUUGACAUUGGAUGAUUCUGAAAUCCCUACAACUACUUGUUUAGAUCUUGAAUCAUUACCUAGAGGAAGAAUUAGUAAACUAUGGAUUUCUCUUAUUGAGGAUGCUCUUAAACCACUAUCUGUUCCUGUAUUAGUUGCAAGAGGUGUAAAACAUGGUCCAGUCGUUGGGCUUACAUGUGCUUUACAUGGCAACGAGGUUAAUGGCAUUCGAGUUGUUCAUCGUUUAUAUGAAUCAGAGCUUAACCCUGAAUCUCUUCAUGGCACAAUCGUUGCGGUGACAGUGGCAAAUAUUCAAGGAUUUUUAACAUCGUCUAGGGGAUUUAAAUCUCAGGAUUUAAACAGAUUAAUGCCUGGCAAAAAAAAUGGGUCUACUGCUCAACAAUAUGCUUAUAAUUUUAUAGAGAGAAUCGUAAAAAAAUUUGACUAUUUAAUAGAUUUGCAUACUGCAUCUAAAGGAAGAGUUAAUUCCUUAUAUGUAAGGGCUAAUAUGCUGGAUGAUCGUACAAGAAAGAUGGCUGUUUUGCAAAAUCCACAGAUAAUUGUACAUAAUACAAGUCCAGAUGGAUCUCUUAGAGGUGCUGCUAUGGCUGUUGGAAUUCCUGCAAUUACAGUUGAGAUAGGAAAUCCAAGUAUAUUUCAAAAAAGAUUCGUCAAAAAUGCUUUAUUAGGCGUUUCCAAUAUUAUAAGUCAUUUAGGUAUGAUCCCGGACGAACAUCAGCAGGCUGAAUUUAAACCUGUUAUUUGUGAUAAAAGCUAUUGGAUAUUUACUACUAAAGGUGGAAUUUUAAGUGUCAUUCCAGAAGUAAAUACAUGGGUUAGAAAAGGAGAAAUAAUUGCAACAAUUCAUUCUAUUUUUGGACAGCUUAUUGAAACGUAUACAGCACCUGAAGAUUGUAUUAUAGUUGGUAAAGAAAUAGAUCCGGUUGCUAGUUCGGGUUCUCGUAUUGCACAUAUUGGAGUUUGUCACGGAUUCUAUAGCACUGGCAAAGUAGAUGAUGGUCAUAUGUAA